CACACACCAGUGAUCCUGUCCUGAAAGUGAGUCCUCACAGAGCUUGUGUUGUGUAUUAAACACAGUGUUGUGUUCAGCCUCAGAAAUCACUGAAAACACGACUUCAUGUGGAAAAACUCUCAGAAAAUAGUUCAGAACUACAAAUAUGGCGGCUGAGGACGACGCCUAAUGCCGCGCAUGCGCAGCCUUCUAACAAGCAGCGCGCAUGCGCAGAAGGAAGUUUGCGGGAAAAACCAAAUCGAGAACAUCCUGAGUUUUUUUUUUCAUCAUACCAGCAGCUGAAUCGAAACCGAACAAGCAGCUAGUUGUUUAUCUGUCGCUCCGUCCUUAGUCCAAGUGAUUCUAACAAAACGUUAAAAAUUUUCUAACGAAUUGUCCAGAAACGUAGGUUUUUCAUGGCUGAGGAAGCUCCAGGUCCAGUCCAAUUUCUCAGAGUCCACAAARUGGAUCUGAUGGAAAUCCUCCAGUUGGACCUACAGUUAGUUCUGCAGCACGCACAUACUCGAGGUCUGAUUACUGACAGAGGCUACGAUCAGAUAAAACGCAGCUCGUCUGGUACAAGUGACAAGGUGGCAGAACUACUGGAUCACAUCCGUCUGAGAGGUCCUGGACCAUCUCAGAGACUACUGGACCUGCUGCAGGAACCAGAAUUUCAGACGACCUUUCCACGGCUGCAGGAUUUUUUCAAGAAUCUGCGUGUCAGCACCAAGUCUUUAGGAGGGAAGAGGAAACGUGGAGCUGAUUCUGAGUCUGGGGAGGGGGAAACCGAAGAACCUGGAGAAAACCCACGCCAGCACAAGGAGAACAUGCAAACUGUGCAGAGAAAGACCCCAGGUUCAAACCAGGGAUUGAACCCAGGACCCUCUUCCUGCAAGGAGAUAAAGAUUCAACCAUGGAGGAGCUCCAUCAAAGACCUGAAGACCACUGGUACCCACAAUGGAACUGUCAUAUCUGGGACAGUUGUGAAGAAGUCUGGUCUGCGUAUUUAUAGAAACAAAAAGAAAGAGAAAAAGGUUUACUGUUACCUGGGCCUGGCUGAUGAGACGGACUGCAUCAAAGUGAUGGUGUAUGGAAGAGAGAUGUUUGAACAUUUUGAGGAGGGUAAAUCUUACAUAUUCAAAGACCCAGUCCUAGGCCUUCUAGAGAAUGACRACAUCAUGAAAGUUUUUCAAGGAUCCAAAAUACCAAAGGGUGACCUGUUGGAUGUUCCCAAGCAUCUGGAGCAGGAAGCCCAGAGGCUCGUUUCUGAACAGAGUCCAGUUUAUUCCAUCAAACAGAUCCAGAGCUUGGAGGAGAAGACCUGGGUGAGCGUUGAAGGAACUGUGGCAGAGGUCCAGAAGGCUGCUGUCCAGCGGACCACCAUGGAGAUCAUUGGGAUCAUUAAAGCUGGGAUGAUCAGCACUGAGCUGGAGGCUCACGUGAGUGGUGAGGUUGAAACCUUCACCGUGGAUUCUCCUGUCCUGGCCAAAGCUCUUGGAGUMAAACUGGAGGACGACUUCGAAGACACAGUCCUGAAGAAAAUACAGUUUUCUGUAACAGCUGAAAUCCAAGGAAACAAGAUCCUAAAGCUUAAAGUAGACAAGUAAUGCUUUUAAAACCUUCCUUUUCACAUUCAGUCCUUCAGCUGGGUCUUUAUGAAGUGGAACUACAGCUUCGGACUGAAGUCCUCCUUUUCUAACGGUACCUGAUGUGACUCCAAGCAGCUCAUUUUGUUAUUGUUCCUUUAAGACGGUUGAAGUGUAACCGCUGUAAACACAAUGAAGACCGCUGUAAAUGUUGGACAUGUGACCUUGUGAUUGAAGCCCCUCCUUAUUUCUUCUUCUGUGGUAUUAUUUUGUUAAACUGUUUGUACCCCCCGGGCUCCUCCCUUAUGUGCACCUUACAGAGGCACCUCCUCUCCUCAGGUACUAGGUGGGAACGAGAGAGAACCAGCCAUGUUGUCUGUUUCAGACAGUGCAUGUGUGUGUUUUGUGUCCUCGCACAGACCAACAACAUGACUGUUAGGUUAACUGAUAACKACAUGUUUGUGUCUGUGUCCCUGUGAAGGACUGGAGACCAGUCCAGGGUGGACCYCGCCCCUUUCUUUAACCUGAUGUGUUGCAUCUUUUUCUUUUAAAGCAUUAAUAUAUUCAGUGGGAUUCAGGCUGUUUCUGAACAUCAUGUUUCUGUCAAAACUUCUGUUUUUAUUAAACAAACUUAAACUCA